GACCUUCUCUUACAUUUUUGUACAAGCAUGGACGUCGCGACAAGUGGAAGAAGCAAUAUCUAAGACACAAGAUGCAGAUGUUACAAUUCCAUGACGGUGGGAAACGGAGAGAACCGCUUUGAUGACACUUUUUGUUCCGUUUAAAUUCAUAAAGACAAAGUGACAGUCCACCAGUGACUGUCUGUAUUUCCUCUUUGUAGUACUUCAGUACUUUCACUGCAGUUUAAUAUAUUUUAUCGCGAUGUUACGGCUCUUUACGAACCAGGGUUUUUAUGAACUCUGGAGAGGCGGUCUCUUUUUGGCAUCCCUUGUUACCAAGAGGCAAGUCGGAGCUUCUCUCGUAGUCAGCAGCACCGGUCGUCACCGGCCACACAUUUCUGCUGGUCUCUUCAGUACUGGCAUCCCAGUGUGGAAAGAUGCCCUCCAGCCCAAAACAGACAACCCCAAGGAAGUACAGACACUAGAUCUGGACAAAUGGAAAUCUGUAAUGAGAGCCCAAGCGGCAAUAGAAGAGAGACGGCAAAGCGAUGAGGAUGAGGAAGCAAGUGAUGAGGAUGAAAACCUCAAAGAAUCAGGUGGUGAUGUAAAGGGCGGUUCUUCACUGGAGGCCACUCGCGAUCUGGUUGCAAUGUGGCAGCAAGCUGGGAAGCUUGUACCUCAAGAGAUGACCGACGACGAGGUUCAGACGCUGGCAGAGCUCACCACCAAGUCCUCCAGGAAGAAGUACCUGAAGUACCUGGCCAUCAAGGAGGGCCACAAACGGGCCCGUAAGGAGAAGCAGCAGCAGAGGAAGACGGAGAAGGAAGCCUCAAUGGAGCAGAGAAGAGGACUGGACAGCGACGCAGAGGAAGAGAGAGGACCUGAACUUAGAAGCACGUUGAUCCUCCAGUUCUGGGGGCGCUCCCUGGACAAGCACCUGGCCUGGAGGAGCGCCCAGGCUAUGAUGUUCGGUCAGCCACUGGUGUUUGACAUGAGCUAUGAUUCAAACAUGGCCAGGCGGGAGUUGGAGAACACAGUGUCCCAGCUGAUGGAGGUGGAAGGGUGGAAUCGGCGCGCCACUGAGCCUUACCACCUCCACUUCUGCAACCUGCAGGCGGACGGAGCCUACAAGAAGGAGCUGGUCAAACGAUAUGGCGCAGAGGCCUGGGACCGCCUGUUGGUCACCAGCACUGACCGACAGCACGUGGAUCGGUUCCCCCGGGAGCGGCUCGUGUACCUCACUGCAGACUCCCCCAACGUUCUCCGCACGUACGACCACUCCAAGGUCUACAUCAUUGGAGCUCUGGUGGACCGGUCGAUCCAGUCAGGCCUGUCGUUGGCCAAUGCCAAGCGUCUGAAUCUGGCCACGGCCCGUUUACCGCUGGAUGAGUUCCUCCACUGGGAGAUGGGAGCCAAAAAUCUGACUCUGGACCAGAUGAUCCGCAUCAUGCUCACGCUCAAGGAGACGGGGAAAUGGGAGGAGGCGCUGAAGUUCGUGCCUAAGAGGAAGUAUGACAGCUUCCACCAACAGCAGACACCGAGAGAGAUCGGCAACAACAGAGGCAGGGGAGUCACAAAUCACGGACCAGGACGGGAUGGUGACAGGCCGCUUAGAUCUGGAGAAAGAAACAGUGAGAGGACAUUUAAAAAUGAGGGCCAGAGUCUUCCCAGAGCCCCUAAAGAGUCUGGGUUCAGUGGUAGAGGCAAAAUGGCUGGACUGCCCGGUGACAGAGAAAACAAACCAGCUGCAACCAGAGUACGGACAUCAUUUAAGAGCAACAUAGAGGGAAGAAAAGGUGCAGGCAAAGGCAAUAUGUGGUGGGAUAAUGAGUAGAGUCAACACAAAUUGUAACAUGGGAUAAUAAGGACAUGUCUGUUUACAAGUGGUGUCUGAGGAAAAUGUCAAAACCUGAGACAAGCGGUGAUUAAAGUGUUGUCAUACGGUAGUCACUGGUGCUUACCGACUGCUUUAUUUUGAGGUCCAAUGCAGGGUUACAAACAAGAAAAGAACAAGACAUCUUAAAAAAGGUAGAAACUCUUUUGGUCUUUAUUUUGGUCUGACAUGGAAAACAAAAGGUGUAUAAAUAUUUUUAUGGUGCAUUUUCACUGUAAAUUACGCCGUCAUCAAUUCACACUUUUCCAUACAGAUGAAAUAAACCGAAACAUUUAUGCAGCUUGGUUUUAAACAAAAAAGUAUUGAAAACAACUUUUGAAAUAGAAAUUACAAAAAAAAAAAACACCCAAAAUGAAUGACAUGAUUUAAUGAAAACGAAUCAAAUGUUAUUGGAAUUUGUAUUUUCAAAAAAAUGCGUCACCACAAAAAUUAAACUCUUUGCAAGUAACUGGAUGUUUGUGUACACUAUAAGUAUUGUAGUACCGAGAAACCACUUCCAAGAUAUUGAACGUACGCUUUCGCAGCAUGCGUUAGACAAAAUAUACCAAUAAAUGUUUUUUAUAAAUAUGAUAGCACCAUCAUACUGAGAAAUCUGGGCGACAGCUGCAGUACAACAGCGUCGUGACUGUUCAAUUACCUUAUCAGUUUGUUAACUUCUUGGAGGGACGGGCUGCCCCCUAGUCUAAUGUUCAAGUAUGAAUAAGCAGACAGCAUAACUGUCUGUCCACCAUGUAAUACUGACUCAGUAUUUUGACCUCACAUCCCAGCAAUAAAUAACCCUUUCCAUAGUUUAAACCAGGCUGCAACGGCUCUGAAAUGCAUUCUGUUUCCAUCACUUUCACAUCACCAUCCCUGAACAAACAACUCCAUUUUCUUAUUAGCUUUUUUUUUUUUUUCAAGUUAAAGAGCAAAAUAAACAGCAGGUUGAUUCAAUUUAAAAACAUCUGAAAUUGUGAAAAUCCAACAAUCAACUCUUAGGACUCUUACGGAUACAAAAGAUGUCUGCUGGAGCAGCUAACUUUUGGUGCCGACCGAAGAAGUCACGUAA